AUGGCAGGGGGAGCAAAGGUGUUCAAGAAGACCAGCCCCAACAGCAAGCUAUCCAUCUACCUGGGGAAGAGAGACUUUGUGGAUCACGUGGAGUCGGUGGACAUCGUAGAUGGCGUCUGCCUGAUCGACCCUGAGUAUCUAAAGGACAGAAAAGUGUACGUGACGCUGACUUGCGCAUUUCGCUACGGCCGAGAUGACCUCGACGUUAUCGGGUUGACCUUCAGGAAGGACCUCUAUGUCCUGACCACCCAGAUCUUCCCGCCAGUGCCGGACCAGGCACCCAAAACCCUCACUCCUUUGCAGGACAAGCUGAUGAAGAAGCUCGGGGAGAACGCCUACCCCUUCACCUUUGAGAUUGCCACCAACUUGCCCUGCUCGGUCACCCUCCAGCCGGGACCAGACGAUGUGGGAAAGGCCUGCGGCGUGGACUUCGAGGUCAAAGGAUUUUGUGCUGAAAAUCUAGAGGAGAAAAUUCACAAGAGGAACUCGGUGCGCCUCAUCAUCCGCAAGAUCCAGUUUGCACCCCUGAAGAUGGGGCCACCCCCCAAGUCGGAGACCACCCGGCAGUUCAUGAUGUCUGACAAGCCCCUGCACCUCGAAGCCUCCCUGGAUAAGGAGAUCUACUACCACGGAGACCCCAUCAACGUGACCGUCAACAUCAACAACACUACCAACAAGAUUGUGAAAAAAAUUAAGAUCUCAGUUGAUCAGAUCACAGACGUGGUCCUCUAUUCGCUGGAUAAAUACGCGAAGACUGUGUGCACCGAGGAGAUAAACGAGAAUGUGGCGGCCAACUCCACCUUCUCCAAAACGUACUCCAUCACCCCCACACUCUCGGCCAACCGUGAGAAGCGAGGCCUCGCUCUCGACGGCAAGCUCAAGCACGAGGACACCAACCUGGCCUCCACCACCAUCCUGAGACCUGGCAUGGACAAGGAGGUGCUGGGCAUCCUGGUGUCCUACAAAGUGAAGGUCAACCUGGUGGUGUCCCGAGGAGGCAUCCUGGCGGAUCUCAGUUCCAGCGACGUUGGUGUCGAGCUGCCCGUCAUCCUGAUGCACCCGAAGCCUACGGACAGUAAGCCUCAAAACGAGGAGGACAUCGUCAUCGAGGAAUUCGCUCGCCAAAAACUCAAGGGGGAGAAAGACGACGAAGAUGAGAAGGAGGAGGCCGACAAAGAGGAAAGCUAA